GAUGAGGGGAUGAUCGGGUGGGUAAAUAGGAUAUCUUUGUCAUUAAGGUUAAAGUAGUUAUAUACACAAAACACGUACAAUAUCUUCUGUCAAAGGGAGGUUAAACGUUAACAUGUCAUUAUCUCAUAAAAGGCAUUUGAUUAUUUGAUUAAAUUCGCUCGAUUAAUUUUUUGCAUUACAAAAGAAAAUUAAACUGUUUUUUGAAUAGAAAUAAAAACGUUGUGCAGUUUUCAAUAAAUAUAAAAAGUCGGGGCGCAUAAAAUAACAAUACUGAAUAUAUUGGUACGCAGACAAGUCAUUCAAGUAGGAAUUUUUGAACAGUUUGAGGAUGUGUAAAAACUGACUGGAGAUAAACGGAAUUAAAACUUUAUUACGCAAGGAUAUAUAGUUAUUAUGUCUUCAACCAAGAAACCAGCGAAAAAGCAUCAAAUCAAAAAGAAGAAACCAGAAAAAGACGAUAUUGAUAUAAUAUUUGAUAAGAUUGAUUUAAAUAAUGAUGGACGCAUAUCAGUUAUCGAAUUGACCAAAGCAGCGAGAUAUCUAGGAAUGAACCCAACACGAAAAGAAGCCGAGCAGAUGAUAAAAGACUGUAACCCUUCACAACCUGGAUACGUCAACAAAAGUGAAUUUAGGAAAUUAUUUGAUGAUCAUGAAGCUAACAUUGAAGCAGAGAUCAAAGACAUAGCGGCUGCUUUUCGUGUGUUUGAUAAAGACAACAGCGGAACUAUAACAGCUGAUGAGAUUCGGGCAGUGUUAAGAAUGUCAGGUGAAGAAGUGGAUGAAGCAGAGAUAGAAGAGAUGUUGCGAAUGGUCGACAUUGAUGGUGACGGAAAUAUAUCGUAUGAAGAGUUUGCUACUGUCAUGUGUAAUAUGGACUAGGAGGAAGGAAGAUACUCUUUGCAUAUAUGCUCUCUUUUUUUACGUGUUCUAUCUUUUUAUAGCACCAAAUGUUGUUAAAAUUGGUUUCUGAAUGUACAUUUAAAAAAAUCAGGGUUUGUUCUGUAUUUUAACCCUAUUGUUUUAGCAGUUUUAUAAAAUUCGUGCUAUUCUUAGUUAUAAAAGACAAUCCUCCCUUUUCAUUUCUGCUUCAAUGUCCGUCAUUUAACUAAUAACUCAAGAAUAUGCAUUAGAUACCAGGAAGAGUAAGAAAUGAUUAAUGAUACUUUGUCUACCAGUUUAAAAAUACCUAUGUCAGUAUGUGAUGCGUGUAUGCAAUUUCAACGUGAGUGACUACAUACAUAUGUAUUAGCUACUUACUUUUUCUGUUUUACCAGUGUUUUUAUUUUCGUAAUGUAAUGGACAUGUAAAUGUUCAUUCUAACAUGACUCGAUUUGAUUUCCAGUUAAACAAAGAAGGAAAUCAAGCUCUGUAUAUUCUGCGAUAAACAACGGUUGACGCGCGGACCGGUAAGAGAGCAUUAUGACGUCAAAUUGCCGCAUGACGUCCGAUACAUUACUCCUCGGGUAAAUGAAGUCCAGCAUAAUAUUUAUUAUAAUAUGUCAAUGAACAUGUCAGAAUGAAAACAAUCAAGCCCUCCUUGUGAUUUAUCGCCUAAUUUACCACGGUUCAUCGUUCAGAUGCUUCAGUAUUUAACCACUCGGGCUAACGCCCUCGUGGUUCAAUUCCUACGCAUCUGAACUCUGAACCAUGAUAAAUUAGACGAUAAACCACUCGAAGGCCUUGAUUAUUUGUUAAGUAUAAGCGUGUAAAUGGUUGUGCUAUAUUUUGAUGGAUAUAUAAAGAUUACAUAAGUUUA